AUAUUGGUCCUUUAAGAGCAUUAAAGAGCAAUUUUGAGCUUUAUCCCUGGUUUUAAAUAUAUUUUGGAACUGAAUAUUUUGAUUAGCAUUGUUUUUAAUGGAUAUUAUUUUUGCUUUUUAUUACAGCUUUUCACUUGUGCGAGACUUUGCGAUUUGGAAGAUUUCCAGUGCUGCCAGCUGUGAUCUUCACCUGUGCUUUACUACACCCACCUUAAAUCAUCUACACUACUGUUACAUCUCAAUCAGAAAACAACACACUGACUAGAUAAACAUAUUCAGACACACAAGACAUUUAUUUUCAAAGCUACACAUAAUAUUCACUAACACACACACUUUCACACACACACAUACAUUCACUCAUCCUCCCACAAACACUGUUUAAUUAAUUUGGAACAUAUUUAAAUACAUUCCACAGUUUGUAUUUUCUCUGUUGCUUUGGUCUAGAUAACCUGUUUUUCCUCCCCCAGUUUUCUUCUGUUCUCAUUGUCUUAACAGGAUGCCACGCAAGGGACGACGCUCCGAGGCCGCCAAGAAGAGAUGGAGGACCCUGGACCUGCAGGGCAGCCAGCCGGACGUCGCCAAGCCCAGGACAUCCCCACCCACCGCGCAGGCUUGGACCCCCACCCGGUCUCCGGAGAAGAAGGUGGAGGGAACUCCGACUGAGAGGACCAGGCCAGCCCGUCGCCAGCCCAGGAGAGCCGCCCCCACGUUGGAGGUUGACGCCCCCGCCGAGUCCUCUCCCGUGCCUCUCGAGGACCAUGUCAGGGAUGACAGCUGCCAGGCUUCUUCGUUGGAACCCUGCGCCAGCGGUCCGCCUGUCCAGACUCUGAGGGCCACACAUUGCCAGGCUGACUACAGAUACGGUACAUUUUCCCGUAAUCACCAGUGCACCUGUAUGGCUCUGACAUUUUUAGCGUACCACAGUGAGGGGUUGCAGUGUGACACAGUGUUACUUGACAGAGUACUUGAGCAAGGAGAUGCACUUUAUGUUGUCAUUAAACAGCAGCUCAUGUUGGACGGUAGAUUUGUUGAUAAUCACUUGACAGUUGAAGAGAUGCCCCAACAAGUACUGACAGACGGGAACAUCUACACUGUACACACAACAGGUGUAAGGGUUGGUCAUGUUUUGUGUCGGAAUGAUAGCCCUCAAAGAUCACGGCGAAUGGGAUUGCCUCUUGCUUCACAACUAGAGUGUCUGUCUGAAAAUGUCACCCAUGCUUUUCUUUUGGUGACUCCAGAGUGCAUUGCAGUUUUCCGGGACAGAGACGGUAGGUUUGGAGUUUUUGAUUCUCACUCCAGAAACUCAGCAGGCCUGCCCCAUCCUAACGGAACUGCAGUAGUCAUGACUUUUAGCAACCUAACGCUCAUGGUUGAACAUCUGUACAAACUCUUUGAGAACCGUGGCCCCUAUGCCACGUAUGAGUUUGUAUCAGUAUCGUUUGUCAGCGACGACAUUGGUGAUGCCCCUCCUCCGGCCUUGAGCAAUCUGAAUAUUUCACCUGGAUCCACACAAGCAAGCCCAGGUGCUAAGAAACCAGAGAGCACUUCUGAUGAAGAGGAAAUGCCAGCUUGGCUUGCUGAAGUUGUAAAGAAGUCCGAUGUCAACCAACAGGACGAGAUGAAAAAGAUCAUGCAGGCCUAUUCAAAACAGUUAGUGCUCAAGAGUCAGUAGCCCGUACAUGUAGUCUACCCCUUAAAAAGUCAUCACGCAGUGUCAUUUUUAUCCAAACUGAUGAAGACUGUGUGAAAAUGAGCCUUCCCAUGAGCAAACUGAUGAACAUGGCCCCAGAUGAAGAGAAUGUUUGGCUGACAGGAUUGCCUGAAAAAUAUCUCGUUUGGAAUGCGUAGCGGAGUGACCCUCAAUCGAUGAAAAUGAAGAACAAGACCCUGUCCCAGAAUACCAAGUUGAUGUCAACAGUGGAGCCAUGCCAGCAAUCGAAAUACCCAAAUUGAGCCCUGCUGCAUGUUUUUGCGACAAACAAAGAGGUGGAUGCUCACAAUGCAGCAGUUGUGGCUUCUUUAUCAACAGUAAUAGUUGAUGUUCAGGCAGAGGACUACAAGAGGGAUACAAAAAACAGGAAACAUGACAAAUCUAGGUAGCUGCGUCAAAGCCAAGAAACGAGAUUUGCCUGACAAUCUACAGGUCGGAUUGGGAAUUACAGUCAUGAUCAUAAGAAACCUGAACGUAGAGGAUGGUCUUGUCAAUGGAACCUUUGGCACUAUUGCAGAUAUCAUCACCAGGACUAAAGAUGGAAACAGAACCGUGAAGUUAAUAGGACUGAAACUGGAUAGUCCCACAGCUGGCCACACCAAAAAAAUCAAAGGGAAACCAGACAACUUUGUUUACAUCGAGAGAUUUCAGGAACAAACCAGCAUAAAAGGAGUUGUUCGAUAUCUGUUUCCAAUCAAGUUGGCGUUUGGAUGUACAGCACACAAAGUACAAGGGAUGACCAUGAAGUCUGCAGUUGUUUCUUUGAAGAGAGUUUUUGAACACGGAAUGGCAUACGUCGCCCUUAGUCGCACAACUUCUCUGGAAUGACGUAAAAUCAUUGAUUUGGAUGAGAAUAAGAUCUACGCCAAUGAAAAUAUCAGAGCAGCUAUGGAUUUUGGAUCUUCUGCUCCAGCUUGUUGCCAAAUGGAGGGUUAUUGUUUCUUUUCACGUAAGAGGUGGUUUACAGGCCACCAAGUUAUGAUCUAGCUACGUCAAAAUCUUUUGGAUGGCCUGAAUUCAAUGGAUAUUCAGCCAGUUGUGGUAUUGGGAGACUUCAACGAGGACCUCCUCUCUCCGGGGAAAAAAGCAAUCAAGGAGUUGUUUGGAAGCAAAGGAUUUACUCAACUCAUUUCGGAUCCAACAACGGAAAGGCAGACUCUCAUUGACCACAUUUACAUAUCUCAGCCAGAAUAUUGUGUUCAGUCAGGUGUGUUGCAGACUUAUUACAGUUACCACAACCCUGUAUAUUGUAUUUUGGCUUCAUUUUCAGCUGCAUCUUCACCAUGACUUGAGAGGAGGGCUGGGAAACAAAUUACACUAGGACAAUAGUCCUGUCAUUUUUAAUGGUACUCCAUCUUAGGUAAAAACACCAAAGUGAGAACAAAUAAUCAGAAUCAAAUGUCCUCAAUGAUUCGCUUGGAUACUGGAAAUCCAGUUGAUGUAUUUAAAGGGUAAUAAGAAUAACGGUGUCGGCUGACGGCCUGUACAGGUCCAGUAACGGCUGUAAGCUUAUUGCUCAUGAAUACUUCAACUUGAGAUGACCACAGUACUCCAUUUGAGGCACCGAGUGGUCACCUAGGAUACCCCUGGGAUAUUGUAAGAAAGUGAAUGUAUUUAACAGGUAAUAAGAAUAGCGGUGUCGGCUGACGGCCUGUACAGGUCCAGUAACGGCUGUGAAGCUUAUUACUCUUGAAUACAGCUACUUCAGACGACCACUGAACUAAUUUGGAGACCAGUGCAUUUUUGAAACAUUUUAUUUAACUCCCCUAGAGAACCUGCUAGAGCUCUCUAGUAUUCUUUUUAUUUUCCUUUUUUGGUUUUCUUUCUGAUCAUGAGCCAAUACUCCAGUCUGAUGGAGCAGUUUUUUCCACACUAUGGACAUUCUCCACUCCGCUCUGUUUGCUUGGCCAUUAUGUUAAUUUGCUUUGAGUGGAAAUAACCGUUUUUUGCCCAGUUUUAGUAAAUGUUUGCAGGCUUGAGAGCAUGCAACGCACGGCAUGACUCAUGAGGGUUCCAAGAAGAGAUGGAGGAGGCUGGACCUGGUCGAUUUGCAGAGCGGCCCAUCAUACGUCACCAAGCGCAGGACACCCCAACCCACCUGGCAGCCUUGAUUCUCCAAGCAGUCUACAGAGAACAAGAUAUGGCUUUCAUUUUGCUUUUCCUUAACUGAGUUUAGAAUAAGUUAUUUUGUGUGCUUUUCUCAUUGAAGUAAUUUGUCUCUUUAUGUCAAGGUUUCUGGACUCCGUGCCCCAUGACCAGGUAUGUCCAUGACAAGUUCAGGGCUUGAAAGUUUCUUUCAACAUGCCAUGGGACGGGUCAUCGCCAUCAACAACUUGACCAACAGCUGGAGCGUCAACGAGGCGGGACCAAACAUCAAGCAUUUGCGGCACACAGUCUGCAACCUCUGGACUUAUGUGGCUAUUUUGAACUUUCAUCCACUUCUCACCAUGAAGGCUCUGAUGUGAAGCAGCAGAUCACAUCCCAACAGGAAACUAAAGUGUCUCAAGUCAAAGAGCUUCAGAAGAAACUAUAGCAGGAGAUCACUGAGCUGAACUAAUUACAUGUAUUGCUUUGUCAGACCAAAUGUUAUUGUUCAAAUCUGUUCUGAAGGAAACUAAUUGUCAUGUUUGUCAUCGCUAAGGACUUCAGUCAUUUCAUAGUGCUUUCUCUUCAAGUUUAUUUGGAUCAAUAAAUGUCUAUCAGUCGGUCGUGGCAGAUGGCCGCUCAUACUGAGCCUGGUUCUGCUGGAGGUUUCUUCCUGUUAAAAGGGAGUUUUUCCUCUCCACUGUCGCUACAUGCAUGCUCAGUAUGAGGGAUUGCUGCAAAGUCAACGCCAGUGACUGUCCACUGUCUCUACAUGCUCAUCCAUGCAAAUAGAACUUGAAAGGCUGGUCAUCUCUGA